AUGGCCGUGGCGGCUCGCCACCUGUGCCGGCAUCCCAAGUUCCGGACGGAGCCCGGCGGCGUCAUCACGUACCAGAAUCAGGCCCUGCCGGACCUCACGACCCAGAGCGCCAUCGAGUACAUGCUCCGCUGCAUACCCGCCCUCCACGAGGUGUCCCGGACGGAGGACGAGGAGUACCGCGAGAACCUGGCCGCGGCGGCGCUGAUACUCCGCCAGUUCGAGGAGAUGGACCCGGAAGAGGCCCAGAGCGCGACGAGCUCGGACUUUGGGGGAGGCAACGGGAACGUCAACUUCCUCGACAUCACCAAGGCGAUAUUGCGAGCUGCCCCGUCGAGGUGGUCGGGGCUGCUGGGCGCUGUGUACUGGGUCGCGGUGAGGCAGGAGAUCUACUUCGCCCUGACGCUGGAGCGGUCGCCGCAGAUCUCGGCGCAGCCGCCAAAUGUGGACGGAGAAGCUUGUUUCGCCAACAAGCUUAUUUGGUUCAUGUCCGAAGUGACCAAGUGGAAGAUGGGGGAUAAGACUGAAGAUGAAUGGGGGAGGUUGAAGAGUGAGGAAGAGGCAUUGAUCCUCGAGUCCAACCGGGAGUUCACACCGAUCAUCCAACGACCGGCAGAUCGAUCUCGAGGUGAAAUCUUUCCACUUGUCUGGUACGCUUCAGACAUCGAGGUCACCGCCUUGCAACACUUCAUCUUGGCAAGAAUGAUUUUGAUCGCCGAAGAUCCUCAUUUGCAUGGGCAGGGGUCCAACAGACGCUUACAGCGAGAUGCGGAACACCAAGUCCGGGCCAUGAUCCUCGAGCUCUGCGGCCUCGCACUACAUCAUCUCAGAGCCCCGCCCAAUCUAACCACUGCUGGUAUAGGAAUCAUGCUGUAUGGUGAUUACUUUAAUGAUCCGUGGGAGAGAACAGCCUUGCUUGGCGUUUUGGAGGAGUGGAAGAAUCAGCACGCCUGGCCUAAUGAGCCCACCAUGAGCUCUUCAUCCUCGAGGAAAGCUGUCACCGAGAACCGAAUCAACUGGUUGUUAUGCAUGAACUGA